UUUGACAUCCAAAUAUCAACUUUCCUGUCACCUCGACAAGAUCUAGAACGGGUUAAUAACUUGUAUUAGGCAAUGUGAUUAGAAUAAAACAAUCGCAGUGUUAACAAAUGUGUGUGUUAAACGUGAUGAAAUUAAUAAAAACGUUGACUGAAAUGUGCGAAAAUUCGCCAAUUAUGUGAAAUGUGUCAUAAAAACCGACUUACAAAUAUUGAUCUGCACACAAAUAGUAUUAAAAAGUUCUAGUGAUCUUAGUCAAUAGUUUUUAACAUAGGAUAUAAAACAAUCAACAUGUCUGGCGGAUAUAUAAAUCAAGGAGGAGAACUCCGUUCGAACGGAAGAUCUCCACAUAAAUACGUCAUACAGCAGCCUUCAUAUAGUGGAAAACAACCCUUUCUCAUACCACGGGGGCGAGCGUAUUUCCUAAUUGCUCUAGCCAUGGCAGCUUUGGUAGCUGCUUUUCUAUUAGCCUGGUUCUUAUCACCUGGUUAUGGUAAUGCCACUAGUCUAUGUCCCAUCGAUCAAAGAAACGCAGCCAAACUCGGAUCUGAUGGUCCUUUGGAGGAAUUGAUGUACCACGAUGAUAAAACAGUUCAUGAUCCCAAUGCUGGUACAGGAACAGAAAAGGAACCUUAUCGACCUAGCAGAUACAAGAUUUUCUUAUCUCCAAAUAUAUCAUCUUCCCAAACGUAUGGUGAAGUUUACAUCGACUUCGAAUGCUUUGAGAAUGAUGCUGAAAUUAUCAUAGAUAUUGGUGGUGACAUGUUGAUCCAGGCUGAGAAAUGA